CUUUGCUCUUCUUUCAUUCACGACUAUGGCGACGUCCGCUUCAUUUCACGGAGUAGUUGGUCUUCAAAAUGGAAAUCGGUAUCAGAUUGACAGAAAGAACUUUUGGCGAUGCUGUACUAUUAGACCUCACUGCUCCCCGCCGCAGAUUGGUGACUGAGUACUGAGGGCUGGCACCUUCGCGUCAAUGUGUUCACAUUCGGUGCGAACAUUGCCUCAGCUGAAGACGGCAUCUAUCUAUAUUCUGCGCGCACAAGAACAAAUUGUGCUUAUUGCCGGAAGCAGUGCGUUAGCUGCAACUGCAUAUGACCGUGGACGCACCGCACAUCACAUGUCUGGCAUACCGGUAACUGACGACAAUGUCGACUUACAUAGUUCCAUUCGCCCUCACUCACCUCGUGCGGAUCUCAUUCAAAAUGCUAGUGCAAUCAUUUGGGACAAACUUCCUGCCAUCAACAGAGCCGCGUGGGAGCGCGUCGAUGAACUUUGCCGUAUCGUAUGCAAUCGCCCGCGAAUCCCAUUUGGAGGAAAAACUUUCUUAGGAUUAGGAGACUUUCGACAAGCAGGUCCUGUCGUCAGUAGAGCAGGAGAAACUCUCGUCCCAUCGGUAAAGUCAUCAACGCUUAACAUUCGAAUGUUGAAUCUCAACACACCAAUGCGCAGCAUGGGGGACCCAAGAUUCACGGCCUUCGUAGAUCACAUUGGAGAGGACUGCUCCGGAAACCGACAGAAUCUCGCGCUCAUAGCUACAACCACAAACUUUGACGAUGGCAUCAAAUUCCUAUUCCCUGAACACUUUCUUGAAGACCCUGAGACGUGUCUGCAGCUCUCCCCUCUCAAUAUUAUGUCGAUGAAUUCAACGACAGAAUUUUGGAGAAAUUGCUGGGUGAAUUUCGUAAUUAAGCAUCGCUAA